UGGGCUCCUACCAAUCGUGCCUGCUUCGAUCUCAAAUCGGAUGUCGACCGUUUGGACUCGCUGGACCGUCGGGCCGCGGGCGUUGCUCGGUGCUCCUCACCUAGCCCCCGAUCGAGAGGUGGAGGUGCCGGCAGCCGCCCGCGCUGCCUGGGAGGCGAUGGGCGGCGGCGAGCUCGAGGAGAGCCUCCUGUCAAGCCAAGUCGUGCUGGUAGACGCGGCCUGGCUCAUUGGCCUCUCUUCGAGCGGCGGCAAACUGCCUCCGCGGCAGGCCCUGCCGCCAGAGGCGGUGCUCUCGCCGAGCGAAGCGGUCGCGGCCUGCCGGUCUGGCUGGCCCGACUGCUUGCCUGUGGUGUGUGUCUCGCACGCCUGGCUCUCUGCAGAGCACCCCGACCCUCGCGGCAGCACGCUCGCCUCGCUCGCCGGCGCUCUCCAGCCGCUUGUGGAGCGGCGAGGCCGCCACGGCGUGCUGCUCGACUACUGCUCGAUCCACCAGCGCUGCCGCGACGCAGCCGGCGCCGCCACCAGCGCAUGCUUUGCGCCGGAUCACGCAGCCGGCGUGGUCGGCCUGUACGCCUCCGAGGAGGCGCUGCGCAGGGCGGCGGAGCGAGCUGAGCUCGUGUGGCUCUCUCACCCGCACACGCAAGUCGCGCUGCUCGCGCCUCCGCCGCCGCCGUCCGCGUCGCGCCAGCAGCAGCUCCGGCAGCAGCAGGGGCAGCAGCAGCAGGGGCAGCAGGGGCAGGGGCAGCAGGGGCAGGGGCAGGGGCAGGGGCAGGGGCAGGGGCAGGGGCAGGGGCAGCAGGGGCAGCGUGGGCAGCUCUCUUCGGCCGCCUCUCUCGCGGUGGAGGAGGCGCUCGCCACCCUCGUCAAGGGGGGCACGCGCGUCCACUACCUAUGCCAACCUGCCGGGACCGAGCCUCCUUGCGCCACAGAGACUGUUCUGCCAGAGGCGAGGUGCGGCGGGAGCCCGGCCGAGGUGCCGCCUCGGCCCCCGCACUCCUCCUCCUCCUCGGCUCUCGCCGGCGCGUCGCCCACGUUCGGCCGCUCUCCGGCUCCUCUCCGCCGCCCUCCGCUCCAGCCAGCAGACCUCGCGCGCGCGCCACGAGGUCAAGAGCCUGCUGCCGCCGCCGCCUACCGCAGCGUGUACGGCGCGCGGCUGGCGGCGGUCGAGGAGCAGACAUACGCGCGGCUCGGCUGGGGCUGCGCAGAGGCGGCGGCUCUGGCGGCCGCCCUCCGCUCAGGCUGCAUGCGAAACCUGCGCAGCGUCAGCUGCUUGGACAACGCAAUCGGGAACGACGGGGCCGCCGCACUCGCCGCCGCUCUGCCCUCGCUGCCGGCGCUGCAGGCGCUCGACUUGCGACGGAACGCCGUCGGCGACGCAGGGGCCAGCGCCCUCGCUGCGGCUUUGCCAGCGGCCAGAGAGUUGAGGCAGCUCUUUCUCGGGGGCAACGCGGUGGCCGACGCCGGGGCAGCCGCCCUCGCCGCGGCGCUUCCUCGCUGCUCGACCGCACUCAAGGAGAUCGACCUCCUCGGCGUCUGUCCGGCGGCGCGCCGGCGUGGCGUGGGUGUUGGGCCGGCGGCCGAGGCGGCUCUGCGCGCAGCCUGCAACGCGCGCCGGGUGCGUGUCUACCUCCGCCACGUCGACGUCACGCGCUGCUCGUACGAGGAGCCGCCGCCCGCCGUUCCGCGCAAGGCGAGGCCGGUGAUGACGGUGCCGUCCUUCUUCCGAAGAGGGCAGAACGUCCGCACCUAGCGGGUCUUCGUUGUGUUGGAGCCUUCCUCGAAGUGUAUUAAAGUAGUGACACUACACACAGGUCACAGCAGUCAGCAGACAGCACACUCUCUCUCUCUGUAAGAUCGCACGGGCGGGGACCCCUGUUCCU